AUAGAAGCUUGAAUGGUACAUUAUUAAAUACUAUGUACUAUCUGCCUUGUCCUGUUAAUACUUAUCCAUCUUUGGAUGGACCUAAAUGUUUGCUGUGCAAAGAUUUUGAAUAUAAUUCUAAUGUAAAUUAUACGUACUUAUCAAAAUAUUAUGCAUGGAUGCUAAAUCAAUGUUUGUAUGAGAAUGACUCUUCUGGUGGGUUAGAUACAAGUAUCAUGUAUUUAACAAAAAUGGAAAGUCAGUACACAGACAGUUACUAUUUCAGAAAUGAAUUACAACCAGCAAUAUAUUUUUGCAAGAGAAAGCAUGGAUUAGCAUGUGAACAUUUAUCGAAUAUGUGUGCAUUGAGUCUUUAUAGUAAUAAAAUUGCUUGCAUGUUGUUUUUGCAAAUGCAAACACCUAUAUGGUUAUUUUAUAAUAAAAAUGAAACUACAGCAGUACUAGGUAGCAAGCAAAUUACACAAAAAUACAGUUUAUCGAAGCACAACAAUGAUAGCACGCUGAAUUUUACAUUUGCCACAUUUUCUUUAAAUGGUAAUUUCAAGUCAAUUGGUAUACCUAACGUACCAUGUAAUUUAUUGAAAUAUGUCAGAUUUGGUAUAAACUUGAAGAAAAAAUGCAAACUCCCAAUAAGAGAUUUAUUGACAGCAGAAGUAGAACUUAUAUCUCCUUAUUUAACAUUUGCGGAAAAUACAAAAAUAUUAACGUAUGCAUUACCUGUACUCAUAAAAAAUAUUAAUCAAAAUGAGAAUGAAAUAUCGCAUUGGCAAUUUGUAAGAAAAUUUUUCUUUGUUGAUAACAUUAGUGGUUACAACAAGACAUCAAAUUUCACAGAUAGUAAAGCUAAAAACACAAGUAUAUUAUCUACAUUGCGUUAUAUGAACUCUUUAAAUGUUAUUAUCAAUGUUCAAAAUGUGGAAGAGAAAAAUAAAAUAUUUCCACCUUUAUUAAUUAUCGAAUAUACUGAAUUAACACAUGAACAGAUCAGCGAAACAGUAGAAGUUACAUUAAAUUACAAGAUUCAAUUCAUUCUGAACAAACACAAUGCUGAUGUUAAUUUUAAGAUAAUCGUUGGAGUCUUCUCAGGAUUAGCAUUAAGUUUCUCUGGCAUAAAAACAUGGAGUCGUAGUAAACAACAUAAUACCACUUGUUCAUUGACAAUAUUAAUUUGGUUUUUCAUUUAUGCUAUGGGUGCAGUAGGAUCUGUAAUUAUUUUGAGUUUAAUCAGUUUAUGUAUAUAUUUAUUCAUAUUUUAUAAAGGACAAACAAUACCACAUAUUCUGCUUUUUGAUAAUAUUAACGAGAAGACUAUUAAAUUGUUUACUACAAUAGCCUUUACUUUUAAAUUUAUAGAAAUGCUUGGAUUUAUUUGUCAACAUUGGAAUAUCAACAUAUUUUUUAUGGAUUGGGAACAACCCAAACCAGCAUAUAAUCAAUUGAAAUAUGAUCCUCCAUAUAUUUCUUUAUACAAGUUACAUACCAAUAAAUUAUCAGAAAAUAAAUAUGAGUCUUUGCAAACGAUAUCGGAAAUAAUAACAACUAAACAGGAAGAAACUGCUGACCAAAGCAAUGUUAAUCAUUCAACUGCAUAUACAGUAUCAAAAAGUUCCCCACAAAAAAUAAUUAAGCAUAACAAUUUGUCUGUUAGUAUUUGGAGAACAUAUUUUAUUGCCAAUCAGUGGUUAAAACUUCAGACAAAGCGAAAAAUAAAUAUGAUAGUACAAUUAGUUGCUGUUUUAUGCAUUUUCCAGAUUGUACAGCUAUAUCCUUGGAUUAUUACAAUACCUGAGUUUUCAUCCAACUUUCACGAAGACAAUUGCAGUUUUACUCUUUACUAUACAAUAUGUACUGUGAUAUAUGUUUUAAUAUACUGUGUUCAAUGGUUGUUAUCAAUAACAUUCUACGAACGAUAUAUUACAAAUAGAAUGCAAAAUUUUAUAGAUCUGUGUUCAAUUGCAAAUAUUAGUGUAUUCAUUUUACCAUUUAAUUAUUAUGGUUUUUAUAUUCAUGGAAGAUCGGUACACGGAUUUGCAGAUACAGAUUUGCCAACUUUAAUAAAUGACUUGGAGAAAGAAAAAAAUAAUUUAUGCGCGCAUAGAGGUCUCGUGCCGGGAACAUCUCAACAAACAUUUAUAUUAUCUUUAACAAAAACGUUCAGAAUGGUUUUUGCCACACUUACAAAACAAACACAGAUUAGCUCUAAUCGUUUUCUAAAAACGUAUUUCUUUUCAACUGAAAACUGGGAGCAGAGUUUUAAUAUACAGUUCAAAGUAAAACAGUUCUUAUGUAAAUUUGUGGAUCAUUGUUUCAAAGAUGUGGAUUAUAUUAUCAAAGAACAACAUUUCUUUGAAAGAUUAUGUAACAUCCUGUUUUUACAUAGCAAAGAAAAAUCAAUCUUUUAUAUUGAUAAUAAUCAUUCCUUUGAUCAAAUACUAUUUUAUGGCAAUGAAUGGUUGUUGGCAACAUUUGAAAUGUCAUUAUUUACUUUUAUGGUAGUAUUAUGUAAAGAUUGUUUGCUAGCCAUUAUAGUUACAGUAUCAGUAUCGCUACUAUUAAUUAUAAUUGUCAAACAUAAUAGACUAAAAAGUUUAAGUAAUAAUGCAUUACUAGAUAAAACAUUUCUUACAUGAUAUCAUUAUAAUUUAAAAAAACAUUCAAUACAACAAAAUUCACUCAUAUAUUUCAAAUAUAAAAGUUCUUUGGCAUUAUCCAUAACUUUUGAAGACUGUUAAUUUUCCAGCAUCACAAUUAUAUAUAAAGGGGACUAAAUGAUUUUAGUUUUAGUUGAUAUAUACAAGCUACUUUCUAAAUACAACAAAUGAAACAGAUAAAUAUUGAAUGCCUGGUUAUUUUUCCAUAACCUAAAGCAACAACAUAAUUGAAUUUCUUUUUAUAAUUUAUUUUAUAAAGCAGAAUAUUUACAAUAAUAAUUCUAGCUUAUCUUACUACAGAUACAGCUCAUUUUCUUA